UUUAUUGUGGACUUGUGCGCUGAUUGGCUCCGCGCAUCCUGAUAAAUAAAAUUAAGUGCAAGUCUUGGCCAAUAGUGUAUUCGCAUUUCAAAAAUUCUUGAUUUCACGCCAAAAACUAGUGCAACGUCGAUAGCGUUUUGUUAUUUAAAAAUUCAAAAUCCAAUAAAUUUCGGAAACAACAUAUAUAUUUUAUUCAGUUUAUUAAAAAAAUGUGAAAAUAAUUCCUCUCGUCGUUAUAUUAUAUAGGUUUAUUUGUUUUUUUAGCCUAUCAAUCUGUAAUCUUCCCAUAUUUCAAUAGCAAAACGCUAUAGAAAUAAUUUGACAUUAUUAGAAACGACAUUUGUGACAUUGAAGUUUGUUUGUAUUUUAUUUGCCGAUUUUAGGUUACCUACUUGUCAAAUAUCUACCACGCAUUAGUGAUUUUCAGUAAUUGUUAUAGGAUUAAAGAAUCAUAAUAUCCUAUGAUAUUCUUUUUUUGUCAAGCAAGAUUCACUAAGAAUUAGUGCUAUUAGCUGUGAGUACUUCUUCUAUCAGACCUAACAGAAAACAACAUGGGGAAAAGGAACAACAAAAAUCAAGUCCGAAAGAAAAAAGUAACUCUUGUAUUUGAUGAGGCCAAAAGAAAAGAUUUUCUAUGUGGUUUUCGUAAAAGAAAAUUGGAGAGAAAAAAGAAAGCACAAGAAGAUUUACAAAGGCUUUUGAAAGAAGAGAAACGACGGAUUAAGCAAGAGAAUAAAGAAUCUUACAAAAAACUAGUUGUUUCCAGUCGUCCUUUACCUGAUAUAGAGCAAUUGCUGAAAGAAGAAUAUGAAGAUGAUGAUGCAGAUGUUAAAGUAAAAAUUGUUGAAUUAUCUUCAGACACAUUACAAAAAAAAGAUCUAGUUAUUGGUGAAAAUAGACCAAAAGUACUACCUGAAAAAAAGGAAACUAAAAAAAAAGAUCAGUCUGACAAAAAUACAAAUCAUAUUCCUGGUAUGGGAUCUGAUGUGGAGAGUGCUGAGCCAUCCGAUGAAGAAGAAACUGAAACAGAAGGCUUAAAAACUAAAAAAGAGAUAAAGAAAAUGCUUAAAAAACAAGCAACUAAGAAAAUUCAGAAGAGUAAAGUUUUUAAGAUGAAAAGUAAUAUGGAAAGGGUUCAGAACAAGAAAAAAUCUCAGCAAAAGAAAAGGCAUAUGACUGGUAAAAGUGAUCCACGGAAAGCUAAGGGAAAAAAGAAAAUUGGGAGGCGAAAACAAUAAAGAAAUAAAUAAAUUAUACUGAAUAUAUAA